CUCACUCGGGGAAUGCAUCUUGACUGUCCUGUGAAGUUUUCUGCAACAAAUGUACCGCUUACUGACAGAUGGGGACAGCGGUGAACACUUCUGUUGUGAAGUAAGAGGAAAUCAGAUGGGGAUUUAACGAACAGACCAGAGCUGUCUCCCCCAUCACACCACCCAUCUGCUUCCUCCCCCCUGCUGUUUUGAGUGGUGAAAAGACUUAAACAGAAAAUGCUGGCAGUGAGAAGACUGUCAUGGUUGGUGUCCUACAUCUGAACAUCUAGCUCUCAUCACUGUCUUUUAAAGCAGUGACGGACCACACUACAGACUUGAAGACCUCCUACGAACUUCCAGCCAUGAUGUCCUAGCUAACAGCAACUGAGGCCCCCUCCCCUGACCAUCCUGUCCCUCUCAACCUCUUCCUCCCUCUCCCAGUCCUUAAUUUCCUCUCCUGAUGUGGUGAUUUCUGGUCGUACCACCAGCGGCAACCCUUUCUGGCGUGAUGAGCAGCUUGCACCAGCUGCAUCAUGGCAGCAUAGGCUCAGAGCGAGACCUUCACUCUGUUGCCUCCUCUGUUAGCCUCCCUUCAGUUAGAAAGACCCCCAAAAAGCGGCGUCUGUCCCUCCACUCACUCUUCAGUCGGAGACGGCGACCUGACCGCGACCCCAAGCGCAAGUUGAGGCCUCUGCAGGCCGGAACUGCAGUGGACUCCAUUGUCAGCACAGAAAGCGUCCAGUCAGAGAUGGUCCAAGAUAAAACUUCUGCCCACUCUGCACUGGGCGCAGCAUCGACUUCAUCAUUGUCAGGUUCUUCAUCAGAGCUGCUAGAGUGCCCUCUGUGCCUAUUGCGGCAUGCACGCGAGCAAUUCCCCGACAUCAUGACCUGUCACCACCGCUCCUGCGCAGACUGCCUGCGACAGUAUCUAAGUAUCGAGAUCUCAGAGUCUCGUGUCAACAUCUGCUGCCCCGAAUGCGCAGAGCGCUUCAAUCCCCACGACAUCCAGAUUAUCCUGGGGGAUCGAGCCCUCAUGGAGAAGUACGAGGAGUUCAUGCUGAGGAGGUGGCUGGUGGCUGAACCUGACUGCCGCUGGUGCCCGGCCCCCGACUGUGGUUACGCAGUCAUUGCGUUCGGGUGUGCCAGCUGCCCAAAGAUAACCUGUGGGCGUGAGGGCUGUGGGACGGAGUUCUGCUACCACUGCAAACAGCUGUGGCAUCCCAACCAGACAUGUGACACCGCACGGCAACAAAGGGCCCAAAGCCUCCGGUUACGAACUUUCAGGUCCUCCUCCCUCAGCUACAGCCAGGAGAGUGGAGCCGCAGGUGAUGACAUCAAGCCGUGCCCUCGUUGUGCUGCCUACAUCAUCAAGAUGAAUGAUGGAAGCUGUAAUCACAUGACCUGCGCCGUCUGCGGCUGCGAGUUUUGCUGGCUCUGCAUGAAGGAGAUCUCGGAUUUGCACUAUUUAAGUCCGUCAGGCUGCACCUUCUGGGGGAAGAAGCCCUGGAGCAGAAAGAAGAAGAUCCUCUGGCAGCUCGGCACGUUGGUGGGCGCACCUGUUGGCAUCGCCCUCAUAGCCGGCAUUGCCAUCCCUGCAAUGAUCAUUGGCAUCCCAGUCUAUGUGGGCAGAAAGAUCCAUAAUCGCUACGAGGGCAAGGACAUCUCUAAACACAAGAGGAACUUGGUAAUAGCUGGAGGUGUGACGCUGUCUGUGAUCGUGUCGCCUGUAGUCGCAGCAGUCACUGUUGGCAUCGGCGUCCCCAUCAUGCUGGCGUACGUCUACGGAGUUGUCCCGAUCUCCCUGUGCCGGAGCGGCGGCUGUGGAGUGUCUGCUGGGAAUGGAAAAGGAGUGCGAAUCGAGUUUGAUGACGAAAAUGACAACAUAGGCAGCGGAGCAGCAGCCACAGACACAACCUCAGUGGCAGAGACUCGGCUCAACAAUCCCAGCCUCGGGGAUGGAGCGAGUGUCGGCGGCCUGACGGGCCUGAGCCUCAGUGUCAGUGGGAGCCACAUGGAGCGCUGCGGCAUGAGCUCCACUCAGCGCGACAACAUGAGUGACAAUGCAAGCACCACGGCCCUCGCUGGGACCAGCAUCACAGGCAGCCUCUCUGGCAGCUGCUACAACAGGAUGGAAGUGCAGGCUGAUGUCCAGAAGGAGCGCUGCAGUCUGAGCGGGGAGUCAGCCACCGUCAGUCUGGGGACAAUCAGUGACAAUGCGAGCACAAAAGCCAUGGCAGGAUCCAUCCUCAGUGCCUAUAUGCCUCUGGAAAGAGACUACAGUCUGGAUGCUCAGGCAGAUGUGGAGUCCAACCAGGAGAAGGUGAGGCACUGCAGCGCCAGCAGCAGCCUGGAUGAAGCCAGCUGCAGCAGUAGCACUGCCGGCCUUAAAAGUGCAAGCGCAAAGGAACCCUCCACUUCAGCGGGCAAAAAGAGCAGAGGAAAGCUUUGGAAAAGAGCCAGCAGCAGCAGCAGAGGAGACACAAGAAUAAACGAGACACGAGGAGAUAUGGAUGCUCAGCUCUUAGAGCAGCGCAGCACCAACUCCUCUGAGUUUGAUUCACCAUCUCUGAGCGGCAGCCUGCCUUCAGUGGCCGACUCACACUGUAGCCACUUCUCAUCAGAGCUCAGCUGCUCAGACCCUGAAACCUCAAGACCGGCUCAUCCACCCUGCUCCGCCACAACGGACACCCACUCUCAUUAUCCCACCACCGUCUUAAAUGACAUCAACAUCACAUCCAUGCCCGAGGUGGAGAACGACCGCCUGGAGCAUUAUCAACCUCAGAGCAGCAGCGCAGCCUUCACCCUCCGCCUGCUAUCGUCAUCUCCACCUGCUUCACCGAAAGAGGGAAGCAGCGGGACAUUUCUGUACAUCAGUGAGGAGAGUGGAGGCGCCAUCGCAGACACAGAGCCGGAGAAGGACGAGAGAAUAAAAGAGACCAUCAAAAACAUUGCCGCGCCGCCUGUAAGCCCUACAAGGAUCCACUCUAUACAAACAGACAUCUAAAGGAACUCUCCUGUUCUUCGGGUAUUGGCAGUGUUAGCACUGCUAGCUCAGUUAGCCUUAUCACCUAAUUUCACUCUUAAGUGAAGCCCCACCAUGCAUCUUGGGAAGCUGGUGGUCAAGUUUAAGGCUCUAAAGCUAAGUUUUAUUAUAUGGUUACCUGCUAUGGAGGCAGGGAGGAAUGUUAUGGGAAUGCCAGUAUAUACAGAGAGGAUCAAGGUCUAAGUUGGAGAGAGAUUUGUGAAAACAGGAGCACAGUAAAGUCAAAGCAGACCAGGGGGUUCUGUUCUUCAGUGACAGAACAAGCAAAACAUGUGUGGGCCAUAAGUUUCAGCUUGCUGUUGAAGCGUCACUGAAGGCCUUUAGAAGGUGGAGUUGAAUGUAUGUGGACAGGUUGUUAAGUAGGUUAUCAGGGUGCAGAGUCUGCCCCCUGAAUGAUGUUCUGAAUCCAAGCUCGAGGCAAAUUUCACCCUUUUACAAAAAGGAGAAGCUGGAUAGGAGCGAGUAAAAUGUCUGAUAUUCUUUUACAAUAGUAAGUUGAGCUGCUAUUUUAAAGCCUGAACCUAUCCUCCCCCGUGACAUCUGCAAAAAUAUCUGGUUUGCAUGAAUCAGGGAUGGAUAUGUGAUCACUGUGGUCCACCGCUGUGCCACCACUUCUUUCUGUGACUUCUUAAAACGGCAUGAGAAUCAGCUAAAGGAUUGUUGAACCUAAGAGGGACCAGUACGUUCAGUAGCAAAUGUUAUUUUUCCAUAAUCAUCUAUAAGAAGAAUUAUUAUUGUUGCUUUUGUUUAAAAUGUGACUCCGUUUUUUGCGUGUUUUGUCUUUGCUUAUUUUUUAUUUUCCAUUUUGGGAAAGUCUGUUUUAAUGUUGAAGCCCUGUUUUGGGUCCAAACCUUUUCGAAUGAUCAGAUGGUAAUUGUGUUGACGAGUCAAAACGUAGUCCUUUUUGAAUAAUGUGGAUUUUAGACCGCACUGGUCUGCACUGGUAAAAUAUUUUUUAGUUUUGUUUGUGGUUGCACCUGUGCAAAUGUAACCAAGUCUUCACUGCAGUAUUUAGUAUAUUAUGAAAUUAUGAGAGGUAUAUUAAAGAAGGGGAAUGAGAAAAGCCCACUUCUUAAAUUUAAACUGUACCCUUUUUUUUUACAAUUGUAUAGGGUUUGUUUUAGUGACUUGUUGACUAAAACUGGAAAGUCGACCAAACAAUGUAUUUGCAAUAAGAAAAUGAAGCUUACAAAUAACUAUUCAACAAGAGCAGAUGUGUCCAGUUAAGGGAACACUUUAACUUUAUAGCAAAAAAAUAAAGAAAAGAAGCUCCAUUAUAGUUGAAGGUACAAUGGGAAACUCCUCUUGUGUAUGAGCACAUACAUCUGUCGGUGAUUUAUUAUUCAGUAGUGAAUGUAUGAUGAUAAUAGGAUUACAUUUUUGAUUCUCCCUCAGUAAUAUCAAAAUAUAAUUUUUGAUCCAGAGCUUUGUAUUUUAACUACAAUGUGUUUUUAAGUCCUUAUUAUUAUUAUUUUAUAUUCUUUGGACCCACAGUGCCUUUUGGGGGAAAAGUCCUUUUGUAUAGUGUUUUUACUUUCUUUUUAUUUCCUCAUUCUGUAUGUCUAUAAAUGAUAAACAUAAAAAUCCUGAGAGAAUUGAUUACAUUUGCCUCAUAAAAUGCUUGAAAUGCCUGAUCCUAAAUACUCACCCUCCCCUGAGUGCUAAUUCUAGCUGUCACACUAGCUUAUUUAGCCGACCAAAGACUCGACAUUAAACCUGAUUUUGGGCCAGUACUUUAAAUCUCAAGACCAAAAUAUUUGUUUGGGUCAUUUUUAGGAAUAAUAUUUUGAAAAUGUUUCCCUAAAGUAGCCAAAGUCAGUUCACCUGUGUGUUGUUAGUCAGUUCUUAGUCAAAUAAAAAUCCUGUUUAUCCAAAGCAAUCAACAUUUUGAGUGUCAGAUGUUGUUGUUCAGCAACUGUUGUGAAUUUUCAGCUUGACCGCAUAUUACUUUGCUGUGAAGUCAACCAGCCGAGCUCAGCAGGAGCUGUGUCAGUAAAGAGACUGUCAUUAGAGAAUCUGUGACGUCGACUAAAAAAAGUUUCGGUGCACCUCUAAAGCCUGCAGGAUAUUCUCACCCUGUUAAUGUUCCUUCUGUUAAAAAUGCCUGUAAAAUUCCUGUGAGUUUUAUAUUAUUAUUUGAAGACUAGUGCCAGGUCUAUUUUCAAACUUGGUCAAAAGAAGCAUAUGCUAUUUGAUAAAGUAUAUAUUCCCUAAUUAUUUGCUUUAUAAUGUGCAUGUAAAUGCAUAUCCUUAAAUAAUAAAAUGAUCAAUCAA